AUGCCGCCUCUAUCCACCAGUAUUUCUUGUUGGUGGGAUAAGAAGGUCGUCAGGAUCUUGUACCAGUGCUAUUGUGACACCUUUGUUCACAUCCAUGCAUUCUGGACCGUGAAUCCGAAUGCGGUCUAUCCUGUAGUCUUGGUGGAGUGGGACAACAAAUUGGCUCACGUGAGGAGCACUUGCCACUGUGGAGGGUACUUUGACUUUAGUUGUGAUGAAGAAUUUGGUGAUUCUCAUGGGGGUCAGAGCCUAAAGCUUUCUUUUAUGUAG